GACAACAGCUGUUAUUUGACAAUUGCCUGUGUAAGAGCACGAAGUAAUUUUUGCGAAUCAAUUUGGAAAUCGCUAAAUUAAUUCUAAAAAAUGAAGGCUAUCUAUAAUACUUUGUUCAAAAGGACCUCGACAUAUGCCGUGGGAAUUAUGGCAUCAGUGUUCUUUUUCGAACGCGCUUUUGAUGUUGCGUCCACACAACUUUUCGAGUCGGUCAAUAAAGGAAAACUGUGGAACGAUAUCAAGGGCAAAUACGAAUAAACCUAUGGAAUUAAAACUGUGUUUUGUUCAAUAGUUGGGGAGAUUCAUUAUGCUUUAGUGCAUUAAAAACAAACCUUUAUGUAGAAUAAAUUUAACGAUUUAUUGAUAAACGAAAAAUACAAAA